AUGGCACGCCUCAACGAACCCAUGGUCUCCACGGAUAACCUAGAUACGCUCCGUCGCAAGUUCCUACGUCAAAAUCGAGACAUCGCACGAGUCAAUUCAACCCAGUCACUCAAGAUACGUGCUUUGGAGAAUGAAUGCGCGCGCAUGCUAUCCGAGAACCUCGAGCUUCGAGGCCAGAUCCUGCGUCUCGACACAGAACUACGAGAGAGCCAAGCACACCGAAUUGCCGAUCACGCGCUCGAGAUCAAGGAGAAGAUGGAGGCCCAAUUGCUAGAAUGGGGAGCUAUGCUUGCCGGCUUGGGCAACGAACCAAUACCAAAGAACCGCUCUCCAAGAGCAACCAAGAAGGCUAGGAUCUCAACAAGUUUGGACCGCCCCAGCUUUCCCGAAUGGAGGCGGAGGGAUACCAUGAGCUCUAUGAAGGAUCUUGAAGCGGCCGCACAGCAAGAGGGCAGAUUGCCACCGCUAUGGGAGAACAAGCAAUACCCUCGCGAAACAUUAAAUCGAGAGGAGAUAUUGGCUUUGUGCUCCGAAGCCGACGAGAAUACCGACUCGCCAGACCUGGGGCCGCCCCCAGUAUCACGUUUUGUCGACGAGGAUCCAGUCAAGUGUGACCUGCCAACAAGACCUACGAAGACAGCUCCAGCUGUACCGGAACCCACUCCUGCGGAAGAACCGCCGUUCAAGGAGGUGUCAAACAUAUCAUCACCGGUCGCUAUCACAAAGCUUGAGAUGUUUGUGAAGGAGGAGCCCGCGCCGAAGAAGGCAGAGAAGGAGGAACCAGCGCCGAAGAAGGCCGAGAGCGACAACGCCAUCACAAAGUCUACUACCAAACCCCAGCCUCCCUUGAUCGACCAAGUUGCUAAGGCCAACUUGAAGAGAAAGUCGAGGGAAGAUGACGAAAAAGAGAACGCUCAGGUGCCGAACCCACUUGCACAAAGACCGAUACACACGAAACCCAAGCAGGAGAAAGCAACCACGAAACACCGACCAGCUGUGAGACCAGUCAAGGAACCAUCCUCGCACAGGAAAGAAGCACAAGAUAAGACCUCUAUUUCGAGUCAAAGGAAGCCACUAGGGGCAAAGAGCUCCAAUGAGGUCAUGAAUUCUCCGAAGAAGUCCACAAAGCCCCCUGUCCUGGACGCAGUAGCGAAGGCCAAGGCAGAUCUGAAGCGAGACGAGCGACCUAGGGAGAGUUCGAAGCCAAAGCAGGAGGUUCUCCCUGUCGAGAUUGUUCCGCCGCCUUCGCCAGCACCCGUCGCUAGUAUCGAGAUCAAGAACGACUCUCUGUCAGCCGAGAGUCAUCUCGUGAUGCCUGAAUCACCGGCGCCAUCCGUUCCCAGGGAGGACCUGAUCAGAGAUACGCCACCCCCAACCGACAUUUCUUCCAAGGGGGAAACGUCGCGGGGCAGUCGCAGGGCUAGGAGUGCUGUUAGUUAUGCUGAGCCGAACCUCAGGGACAAGAUGCGGCGGCCUACUAAGCAGCUAUUCGAUGCAGUUUCGGGGGAAGGCAAGCAGAUUCGCCGGACUAGUCACUCGGCGAAGGACGAGCCUGCCUCUGGCCCUUCGUCCGUGGCGAGAUCUGAAGGACGGUCAGAGUCGUCAAGGAAAGACCUACCGACGGCCUCUGAAGCGACCCAGGCUCUAGAUGUCCUGGCCAGUCCACUCGUACAGAAAGCGACUAGAGCACCUCCGGUGGAUGACCUGCCGGCUGCCGUUGUCACGGACCGAAAGCGCAUAUCGAUCGCCGUCGGACAGAGCGACCAUUCGGAGUCCUCGGCCGGAGCGUCCGUCAGGCCCACGUCAAAGGGAGGCAACAAGCGCCUCGAGGAGAUCGCGGCCCGCGAAGCGGAGGUGGCCAAGAUGUUCGACGACGCGGAUAUAUAUGAGUUCACCCCUUCUUCACCCAGCCACCACGGCUCAACAAGGGACGCCACCUCAGAGGAGACAGGCGGCAAGAAAUCGAAAGGUGCCCGGACGUCGCGUGCCAGACGGCAAUCGUCCAUGGCGCAGGAAGGCCUCGUUGGAUUGGGCGAUCAUGCCGACCGGAGGGUGAGAAAUGCGGGCGGCCGGAAACGUGCUUCGAUGAUGCCCUCCAAAACUGCGAAGUUGGACGCUGAGGACGCACAACAGCAGGAUGGCCCGGCGGUAGAGGGCGACAGCCUCACCAGCGUCUCGUCGGCGGAUGCCCCGGACGCCUCGGCCUCGGCGCGGGACAGGGCGGCGACGCGGAGGAGGAGUAUGAUGCUAUGA